AUGCGCGUCCUUUGUCCCUCAAGACGCCAGCCCCUUUCUUUCACAUCGGUUGCUCCUUAUCUGAAAAGCUCUUUACCCCUUCUAUCUCAGGCACGAUGCUUCCACGAAAGUCGCUCAAGCUCCAAGAAUUCGGCAAUCUUCCAACACAGCCUGCAGAGAACUCUCGAGGCGCAUCGGUCCUCGAAUCGAGCCAGUUUAAUCCGCAGGGUACCGGGUAAGGCAGACCCUGAGGACACCCCGGAGGAUGCGGCGAAAGGCGAGGUCCCAUCGUUCAACUCGCCGACCGCGAGUGUAACUUCGAGGCCUCCCUCGACCCCGAGAAGUCCCAAAAGGAAACCUCGCUCCGUCCUGAAACCCGAUCAACCCUCCCAUACCUCCCAACCUACUGUCCUACAUCGAUCAAUACGGUGGAACCCUGACCCCAAAAAUGGCCGGUCAGCUCAGUCUCCGUGGUUAGAAGACUUGGAUUCAACCCUGUCCUUCAGUGAUGGUCUCUCGCAGCUGGAUGCGGAGAUCUGCGCACUUGAGAAAUACCUAAGGCCCACCCCACCCGAGGAGGAGCAGGUAUAUACAGUCGCCACGGACGUUGCUCGUUGGCUUGAGGGCACCGUGCCCCACGGGCCCCUUAUCAUCGGGUCAUGGCGAACCGGGCUGGCAAUGAGUCACUCCGAUCUUGACCUCCUUUUGCCCGUUCCUGACUCGGUACGAUCUAUUGAAAGUGUUCGAAAGCCAAGCGCUACGCGCCCAAAGGCCUUGAAUCUACAUAGGAGCCUAUUACGCGAUGUUGAACAAACACUACGGAAAUGUCCAUCUUUCGACCACCACAUAUACCGAUCAACAGAGAUGGGCUCCAUCACAGCUAUCCAUAGCCGAACUGGUCUCCGGCUGCGCUUUUACUGUGGCGAAGGUUCACCCCCAAUAAUUGAGUAUAUCAGAGAUUAUUGUGCCGAGUACCCUUCACUUCGGCCUCUAUACAUGGCCACACGACUUAUCCUUGAAUCUCAAGGUGUGUAUGGCCGUCACGCAUCGUCCAUCACAUCGGAGGCACUUGUCAUGCUUGUUGUGGCCUUUCUGAAGAUGAACCAUGGUCGGUUUCGACGAUCAGAUAACCUCGGCGAGACUCUUCUUGCCUUGUUGCAAAUGUACGGCACCCAAGUCGAUUUCGCGAAAACCGGUAUCUCCGUCGACCCUCCGGAAUUCUUCGAUGCGGACACCAUUAAAAUUGCCAGCCGCAUGCACGGCUUGGACGACAUCCCUGCUCAUCUGCGUGGCCAACGAGCCAUCAUCAACCUCAGAAGAACCGCCGCGGUCAGAGGCAACAAGGUUGCGGCCACACGGCUAUGUUUGCAGAACCCCACCAACUAUAUGGAUGACCUGGGCCGUUCUUGUAUCGAGACCACGGCGCUGAAGUCCGCGUUGGCGGGCGCUUACGAGCGUCUCGGAACAGCUCUUGAUACGUGGGAGAGGUUUCCGUUGGUUGAUCCAAAUCGUAGUGUGCUGAGUCGUAUCCUGCACGCUAACUUCGAUGAUUUCAACGAUGUGCGCCGUCGACUCGCUUUGGGGGGUCGUGCGUCUACGUGA